UUGGUCCUCUGUAGGUACCGCUGGGGUAGGCGUUGUAAGGCAUCUCAGCAGUGCGCAGAAGCCGUAUAGGGAAAGCGGAGCCGCGCUCCGCACGCCUCCCUCACCUGAAAACGGAGGUUGCCGAUGAUUCACAUAUAACAAAGAAACGAAGGCGCAAACGGCAACUGCUCCCAAAAAGGCUUGGGAAGUUGGCCAAACUGGACAGCAGAUCCAGACCCGACACCAUCCCGUCCGAUCUCCACUUCAGUACUUAAUGUCUUCUAUUCAUAACGGGGGAAGGAAAGCGAAGGUUUGGGGACCGAUGGGUCGCGUAAAAUCUGAUCCCUCAUGGCAGAUAUACUGAACUGUUUUAUGAAAACCGUUGUCAUGUCGUUGGUAAACAGCGUGAUCUUAUGCCGUCUCGUUUGAGGGAGAGAGGCUUUGAUGAAGCCCCGGAGCCAUUUCUAACUUCGGACUUGAGGUGCGGACUUCCAGAUGAGACGAAGCGACCUGCAUGUUUCCGGGCUUGGAAAGAGCCGAUGAGUAAUUUUCAGCGCAACACACAACAUGCCGCUUGAAGCUUGAAACUGCGGAUCUCCUCCUAAAUCUAGCGCUUGCAAACAAAACGUUUGACACAUGGCAUUGGCAUAUUUAUUUUAGUGCUGCAACAUCCAUGCGAAUGCAUGUUAUUCUGAUUUUGAUCAGACUGGAAUUCCUCAACAGUUAAGAGGAAUCGUAGUUUUUUUUUUUAACUGGCUGCGAUAAAGCUACUUUAUAGUUGCCUUAUUUUGGAUAUCGAAAGAGCGCUAAAGAAGCGCUUCGCAGGGAAACGUCACGCAAGAGAAAUUGCAGCAGGUAAAAGAAAAAAGUAAAUAGGGUAAAAGACGGGAAAAUUGAAGGAGAAUCUCUUUAACUGUUGUUGUCGUAUUAUGUCUGCACUUAGAAAGAAAUUUGGGGACGAUUAUCAGGUAGUGACCACUUCAUCCAGUGGCUCUGGAUUCAGUCAGCCGGUGCCAGAGAAGAAGAAAAAAAGGCAGCGCUUCGUGGACAAGAACGGGCGAUGCAAUGUCCAGCAUGGAAACCUGGGCGGUGAAACCAGCAGAUAUCUUUCAGACUUAUUCACCACUUUGGUAGAUCUGAAAUGGCGCUGGAAUUUAUUCAUUUUCGUCCUGACUUACACGGUGGCAUGGCUUUUUAUGGCCUCGAUGUGGUGGGUCAUAGCAUACAUUAGAGGAGAUUUAAAUAGGGCUCACGAUGACAAGUAUACGCCGUGCGUUGCCAAUGUGUAUAACUUUCCCUCCGCAUUUUUAUUCUUCAUCGAGACCGAAGCCACUAUAGGUUAUGGCUAUAGGUACAUUACAGACAAAUGUCCGGAGGGAAUAAUCCUGUUUCUUUUCCAGUCCAUUCUUGGAUCUAUAGUAGAUGCAUUUUUAAUAGGAUGUAUGUUCAUAAAGAUGUCUCAGCCCAAGAAGAGGGCAGAGACGCUCAUGUUCAGUGAACACGCGGCUAUUUCAAUGCGAGACGGGAAACUGACCCUCAUGUUUAGGGUCGGUAACCUGCGGAAUAGCCAUAUGGUCUCGGCACAGAUCCGCUGCAAAUUGCUCAAAUCUCGGCAGACGCCGGAGGGCGAGUUUCUGCCCCUGGAUCAGUUGGAGCUGGACGUGGGCUUCCGAACCGGGGCGGAUCAGCUCUUCCUCGUGUCUCCGCUCACUAUCUGUCACGUGAUCGACAGCCGGAGCCCCUUCUACGAGCUGUCCGCGCGCUCCAUGCAGACCGAGCAGUUUGAGAUCGUCGUCAUACUUGAGGGGAUAGUGGAGACCACUGGAUUCAAACCAGAGGCUUUCUGAUCAGAGACACAGAAGCCUACCCUGCUGAUCCACUGGCGAAUGCAGAACAUUUCCCCAUAAUUCGUUCUCACCGGCUGGAUCGGACCAUGCACUUUCAAACCAGUUGUGGCAGUAAGUAUGGAGAGUUUAUAGAACCAAUAAAAAUUCUGCUCCUCCUCCAUAAACAUGAUCGAAUCUCUGGCUGCAGAUGUACCUUCGCUUUCAAAUGGCCUUUGGGACAUUGGUACAACCUCCACUCAUAUACAUUCUAAUUUCCUUCAUUCCUUCACUCCUAAAAUGCACUGCAAACCCAGCAGUUUAAAUGCUCCCCCUCCGACACACACACACAUUUCUGAAAUCCUCUAACGUCACUGCCUACCACCCAGCAACCAUGAACCCUGGUAGAAUUAUAGCUCUCCUGCCACGUGCCACUCGCCAUCUGCUCGCUGCCAACGCUGCCAACGCUGGCCCAUCAAUCUAUACCAUGCACACAUUCUGCACUGAUGAGGACACUCACAUCGCCCCCUAUCUGAGGGCCACAAUGGGCUCCUAAUUAAAACGUUCAGCUGCACCCCUCCCCCACCCCCGCCACUCGGGCUCCAGCUGCACCCACGACGUCACUCCCGGUUCGGGAUUCUGGCUGCUCUGCAGGUGAAUGGCAUCUGCCUCGGCUGCCAGGCUGCAGUCCCACCCAGCCUCCCCCUGGAACGGCCUCAUCUCACCCCCCACAUCAUCUUCACUGACGCCCCACGGCCAACACAAGCGUGGGAACACGCGGAGACUCCAAGAUCGACAUGGUAUCACGCAGAGAUCUCUUUGUACAUCAAGCUCCCCACACAGAGAGGGCUGCUUCCUUCUAAAACUGCUUCUUCCAGUAGCUGUACUCAUUCACCUGGUGUUUGCUUCCCCCAGGUAACCAGCCUGUCACUAUACAUAUACACUAUACAUAUACACUAUACAUACUGUAUACACUAUACAUAUACACUAUACAUUGACGAAUCCUUUCCAGCAGGUUUCCCCUUCCUGAUGCCUGAUGGGAAAUAUGACCUCUCUUCUACCCCUUGACUGUAGCAUUGUUGGAAAAUGCAAAGUUCCAUUCAAAGCUACAUGUACAUUGUCAAUGUUUUUUUGCCACAAAGGUCCUGUUUGCCUCAGGCGAUCAGAUCAUAAGUGGACACCCAAGGCACAUGGUCAUCUGCACCUGUGUUUAUCGUGUGUCUCCUAGGCGACCAGCUGGCUCCUUAUGUUCAGAUAUCAUUACCGCCUAUGUCACUUCCACUGGAAGGUCAAAUGGCCCUGCUGGCGACGCAUCAGGAUGCAGUAGCGUUUACACUACAAAAGAUCAAUGUGUCCCAAACACAUUGAGUGCUCGGAUCACAUUACAUCUUGAUGGUAGGUUAUGCUUGUAGUAAAUCCUGCCCACUUGCCAUCCGAUUGCCCAGGAUGCAUUUUAAAACCAAGUGUAAAUAGGGCCAUAGGGUCAGUAAUGAGAUGCUGUAACCUACUGAGGAACCACCAUUGAUGUUUUUCCACGCGUUCACCCCUCAGUUUACCAGUUUAUGAUUGAGGUGAGCCUGGAUCCUAUCUAAGGAAGCACAGGGCAGGAGGCAGGAGGGUGCGCAUCCCCGGAUGGGAUGGAUUCGUAUUUUUAUCCAGGUGAAUGUGUUUCUCAUACAGCACCCCAACACAAUUUAAAGCUAAAGCAAGAUUAUCUUAUUUAAUCAAUAAAAACAGGAUUAGAUGCUUUGCACUACCUUACUUUUUCAUGACUAUUAAAUCGGUGUCUAAGUUAUACUAAGACACAUGCAUUUUUAGCCUUAUUAAUAAGAACUAUGUAUCUCAAAUGAAAAUGAUCAUAUUAUCCAGCAUGCAGUUUAAUUACAACAAAGGAUUAAAUCAAUUAGGCCAUUAAUUACUUCUUCCAUAAUCAUGCACACUAUGUCGUACUGACAUUUAAACAUUGGCCAGGUUACCAUGACAACAUGCUAAAGCUAUUUUAGGGUAGACAUCAAACCCUGGGAGUUAAAACAGACUCUUGUUAAUUCAGCCUUCGGUGUAAGUCUGGGGAUGUUAGCAAAUUUGAUCAUAGGCUUUGAUGAACAUGAUUUUUAUGCUGUUUUUGAGAGUUAUGCCACAUAAAUUUGAAUAUAUGUUGUACUACAUUAAUGGAACAGAUAUUGCUGAAUACAUCUGGCAACAUUCAACCCUUUUUUGUGUUUUUAUGCUUUUUUGUGUUUUUUUAGGGAAUUAUAAUGAGGUUUGUUUGUAUAUGCAGAGUCUGAAAGGUACAUUUAUGAAUAUAUUAACCUAUGAAUUGAAAUAACCAGGCUUUAAACAAGGCUAAAAGCAACUGUGAACACUAUAUAUAAAUAUUAAUAUGUAUUUAAGC